GACAUUGUAUUUUAAUAGCGAUAAAAGUGGAGUAAUCAAAUAUGGUAGAGGGCAGAGGGAAAAUGCUUACGCGCAACUAUUUGCGCAGUUUUAUCUGGCUGCUUAAUAUAAACAUAUUUAUACAUUCUAGUUAAGUUUUGACAGGGUUAAUAAAAAAUUCAGCAUAUCACUCGUUCUUCCUGAAGUAGACCGUAGGCUCCUGAAGAUGAAGUGAAGGUUACUCUAUUUUGUUUCUAAAUAGCAAAUAUGAUGUCACUGUGUCUUUGACGGCAAAUGCGUUAGAAUACAUUCUAAUUAUCACUUUUACUGUAACUAAAGACUUUCUGACGUUAACAAUGCCAUGGCGGUAGCGAAGGACUACACGGAUAUCAUCGGAGGCCAUGGGUGGUUUCAGUUCUCAAUUUUGAUAUUCUGCUUCUUCUGUGCUGCUCCUCACUGCAUGCACGACUUCUCCAUCACAUUUUUCGCUCCCAAUAUUGAUUACUGGUGUGCAAGACCCGAAGAGGUUCUUAAAUCUAACAUUUCUGCUGAAAAAUGGAAAAAUUCAAGCAUACCCAUAACGAAAAGUCGCAGAGGCUUUGAUGAAUAUAAUCAUUGCACCUUUUAUAAUAGUUCCAUUGUGAAUGGCUCUCUGUACCACCGGAACGAUUCCGAUGCCAUCAGGUGCAAUUCUUGGGAAUACGAUCAUUCAUCAUAUAAGAGAACAAUCAUAGAUGAAUGGGAUCUUGUGUGCGACCGUGAGUGGUUGGUUUCUAUGGCCAAACAAGUUUACAUGUUGGGCUUCCUUUUUGGAUCUGUCAUUAACGGACAGCUUUCAGACAGGUUUGGUCGACGAAAAGUACUUAUUUUUUGUUUAAUCGAGUUCCUCAUAUUUGGUUUUCUUACUCUUCUUUCUCCAAACAUCAUCAUGUUUCUCAUAUGCCGAUUCGGCUUGGCCUUCGGAAUAACUUCUGCCUUCGUCAACUCUCCAGUCAUUCUUGCUGAAACAGUAGGCUUUGAAUAUCGAUCCGUUUAUUGCUUCACUUACAAGUACGGCUUCACAUCUGCCUUCAUGUUGUCGCCCUUGAUAGCGUGGUUAAUACCUGAUUGGUUCUGGUUGCACCUCAUCUUUACUCUUCCAUUUGUUGCACUCCUUUGCGUUUUCUGGGUUCUGCCAGAAACUCCUCGAUGGUUAUUGGUCAAUGGCAAAUUCCAAGAACUUGAAGAACUUCUGUUAUAUGCAGCUAAAAAGAACGGCAAGGAUAUGAAGAAAGCGACGGUUGAAAUUAGGGACUUCAUCGCUUAUCAUUCACAGGAAAGGUUGAAAAAAGUGGAAAAAGAGGAGAAAGCGACAGUGCUAGAUCUUGUACGGCCAAAAUUGAUUAAAAACUCUCUCAUCAUCUUUCUUUCUUGGUUCAUCAAUUCAUACAUCUUUUAUGUCUUAGUAUGGAAUACAAAUGAUCUCGGUGGGGAUCCUUACUGGAAUUUCUUCUUCGUCGGUGCAGUGGAAGUUCCGGAAGUAAUCAUAUACAUAUUCCUCUGCAGGCGCAUCGGAAAUCGUCGCGGUCUGGCUAUAGCUAAUGUCAUGUCUGGCAUAUGCCUGAUUGUUCUGGUGUGCAUUCCCGCUGAUAUGGUCUGGUUAACCAUCCUUUUCUCCGUGUUUGGCAAGUUCUUCACCUCUGCAUCUUUCGACACAGGAUUCGUCUACACUCCUGAAAUAUUCCCCACAGUCAUGAGAAACGUAGCUUUGGGGUCUAGCUCCACUGUGGCGAGAGCUGGUGCUCUUCUCGCUCCUUUCGUACAUCAACUGGCGGAUGUGACGUAUUUUUGGGUACCCAAAGCGGUUCCCGGAGCCUUGUCUAUUCUGAGUGGCCUCUUGGUGGUUCUACUUCCGGAAACAAAGGGAAAGCCGCUUUCAGACACAUUGAAAGAAGAAGAAGAAGAAGAACUCCAGAAAAUUUCUUAUCCCUUGAAAUAAAAAAAAAAAAGAAGGACAUUUUCACACAAUUCGAAAUGAAAAAAAUACCUUUUAAAUGUUACGAAUUUUCUUAGAAACUACCUUAGAAUUUCCUUAGAAACGCAAGAGGUCUCCAUUUUUAUUCUUAAGUAACAAAUAAUAUAUCGGCAUCAGCAUUACCUGGAUGUUUUCCAAAGCCAUAAUGAGUUAUUAUAUAGCAGAUAAGUCUUUUGCACUCCACUUGGCUAGGCUAUAUUAAAAGCAUAAAACUUUUUGAGAUCUAUCUCUUUUAAUAAAAAAAAAAAAGAUAAAAUCUAUUACGAUUUUAACAGAAGUAUUAUACCGCACCUGUUUUCAAUCCUAUGUGUGAAGUUUGAUAUUAUCUUUUUAACAAAGCUUCAAUAUUAAGCUGUUUGAAUUCUCAGAUUCUAUUGUAUUUUAAAAUAAUAUGAAAUUGCAGACUAUUGAAUUCUUCUUCAUUCGUGCACCGAUAAUCAGUCGAAUGACAAUAUUACGAACAAGUUGAUUACAAAAUAGUCAUAGGGUUUGAAAAUAUAUUUCAGAAAUGAUUGUGAGGAAAAAUCAUCAGGUGGGUGUAUGAUGCAAAAUGUUGAAUUAUUGAAAACGAUAGUGCUUGGUUUCAAAAACAGCAUUUCUAGAAAUCAUCAAUACACUAGUAGGCAACAAAUCGCUCAUAAAUAGUUUCUAAAUCAAUAGUCCCAAACAACUACUUGUUCAGAAUGCGAUAAAUAUUUCAAAGACAGAAACUUCGACCUCUUGCGAUUAUCGAAUAUGUACAUAGUUCGUUUAAACUCAAAAUAAAAGAAUUAAUGCUGGAAUUAAAUCUCGAUUCUCCCAAAUCUAAGUUUGAAAAAAAAUUAUAUUUGCGCAUAUAUAAUCAGUGGGAUACUUAAUUUUUUCUAUAUGUAAAAAAAUUAUUCCAAAAGCAACCACAAGAGGACACUUGCACUUCAUACUGAGACGUUUCAUGCGAAUCAGGCUUGAUGGAAAUCGACGAUUUCGAAAUACUUAUUGCUCUUCCAAUUUCAUGAGCACUACGACUCCUCAUUGAUUUCAGCUGCCAAUUCUUCCAUGACACUUUUAACAACAUAAAUGCGGUUUUCUCUUAAGGAUGGUCUACCAUGUGCCUCAAAUUCUGCGUUUCCUCAAAGAGUUUGUUGUAAUUUUAGUAUUUCAAUGAAAUAGAGAUUUCUUUCUCCUUAGUCUAUUUUUUCCGUCCGUAACUUUCGCAAUGUUAUAUGAUAAUUGUGGAUUCACCAUUUUUGUAUAAAAGUGUAACACGAAUGCUCAGUCUAUCAACGAUAAAAUGCUGCUGGGAUGGAAUGACGAAUCCAUUUCGGCCAGGUGUUUUAUUGCCUGCCUAAUUUGCAUAAAAGGUCUCAGGAUGGUGCAUGAAUGUCCUCUUUCGAUUGCUUUUGGAAUCAUUAUCAAAAGUCCUGCUGAUCAUAUUCGUGCAUACCUACUUUUUUUUUUUCUUAAAAUGGAUUUUUUAUGAAUUUCUGAAAUUUUCAAAAAUGUAUGACUCAUCCUAUAUCAAAAUUAACAUUAAAACAAUUAUAUUAUACUAUAUUAUAUUAUAUAAUAUAAUACUAUACUAUACUAUUUUAUAUUAUACUAUACCAUAUUAUGUUAUAUUAUAUUAUAUUAUACUAUAUUAUAUUAUAAGGUCACUUUAUAUAUUAUAAUGAUAAAUGAAACAAUUGCAUUUUAAUGUUUUUUUUAUGGAAGUCGCGAGAAGCGAGUUUACGCAUCGUGAACUUUUUAAGACAUAAUAGUUAAUCAGCACGUUGUCUAAUUAACAUGAGGAUGACUUGAUUAACUUUCUCCGACUACUUUGAUUUUUGGAUCUUUAUCAUAAAUAUAGAUGUUAAAUUCAACCAUGGAAUACUUUGUUUAAAUAUUUGCUAUGUACUGAAUUCGGAAAUCUGAAAUAUUAUCAGGAUAUUUUAUUCAAAAUAAUUGUAAUAAUUAAGCAAUUUAUAGUUCAUUUCACAGAUUCUGUGUUAUUCAAUGUUCUAAAUUUCUGUAAUUUUUAUUCUUGUCUUAAAUAGAAGAGACAAUAUUUCUCUUUCUGUAAAGACUAUUGAUAUAAGAUGUGACUGAGGUGCCAACAUAUUUUAUUAAAUAACAGCAAAAUGUUUGUAAUUAUGUAUAUAGGAACGACUGUAUUUAUAUUUGAAGCA